AUGACUUCGUUCAUUAUCAUAUGUUUUCUACUAUUUUUACCCGCUUAUUCAUUAGAUGCAGAAAAACCAAAAGAAAAUGUUACAAACGCGUAUGAAUUUCAAUCAAAUAUUGAUUACAUAUAUCACUAUGCAACUGACGUUCAUAUGGAUCAUAAAAUUUGGGCUGGUCCUGAAGAAAGCCAUACGAAACGUAAUUCUGAUGCCGCAUUUCAUUUAUACGCUCGGAUUAAUUUGACCAGUGUUUGGCACAGUGCAGAUGAAAAACAGCAUUUAUUAAAACUCGAAUUAAGCGAUGCUCGUUUUAUCAAUCGGACGCAUUCACAUAGUAUGAUCGAUUGUUUAGCAUUAAGUACUCUUACAAGAUAUCCAUCCAUGUUUAUGUGGGAUCAAGGCAUCGUAUCAUUAAGUUAUUUUAAUGAAAAUGAUAAUUUAGCGGCGAUCAAUUUAAAAAAAGGCAUUAGUUCUCUAUUUCAAUACAAACAAGAUAACAAAACAGAAACUGAUACACUAGGAAAAUGUAAUACGGAAUAUAGAAUUUAUGAAGAUCGUCUUGUUAAAGAUAAAACAGAUUGCUCAAAUGUUCAAUAUAAUGAUGAAUAUAGUAGUGCGAAACAGGCGUUUAAUUAUUCGAUGGAUUUUCAAUCCACAUGUGUUUAUCAAUUUGAAAAUGGAACAAUCAAAUCUGCGUCAUGUUCGGAUAUGGCUUUUCCAAGAUUAGUUAUUCCUGAAGUAGCUGGAUUUCGUAUUAUGUCAAGAUUAAGUGUUGAUCUUAUUGAUAAGGCCGAUAAUGAUAAACAUCAAGUAUUUUCAAGUUCAGAUGCAGCAUUGAAAUCAAUAUUAAGUAUUACAUCGGAUCAAUAUCAUCCACUUGAAACAGAAAAACAAAAUCACCCAUGUGAUGAUUAUUGUGAAAGAUACGAAGAAUUUAUUCAAGAUCAUAGUAAAGACUUAUCACGUAUAGCUGUUGGUAAUCGAACAGCAAGCGAUGUAUUUUUACAUUUAAUUGCACUUACAAAAAGACAAGGUGAACCAAUGUUAAAUAAAGUACUGGAAAAAGCAUCGAAAACGAUUAAAUUUACAAUUAUCGAAGCAUUUGUAUCAGCACAAACGCCAGCUUCGUUGAAUGCAGUUUUUAAAAGUUUAGACAGCUCCAAGAAUAAAGGUGAAUUAACUGAAGUAUUUCUUAUGGCGAGUGCAUUUGCACCAAGACCAUCAGAAUUGUUACUUGAGAAAGUUUUGGAACGAUUGCCAAAAUUCGCAUCCAUGGAUAGUCAAAUUGAACAAAGCGCUUAUUUAGCAUUGGGAGCAAUUGUCAAUAGAUUGUUUGAUGCAAAUAAAAAAUCAGCUGCUAUUGAAAAAUAUACAACACUUCUUCAUAAUACUAAGAAAAAAUCGUUAGUUUAUUUAUCGUUAUAUAAUGCUAAACUUGAAUUGUACGAAUCAAUGAUUGUCGAUGAAAUUCGUCGUUGUAAUGAUACAGCUGUUUGUUGGUUAGCAUUGAACGCGUUAAGUCAAUAUAAUCCAGAAAAAAUUUCCAAACAUAUUAUUGAUAUUCUUCGCUCAAUUUAUCAUGAACAAGCAGGAAGACCAAAAACAAAUUUACAAAUUCGACAGAUUUGCGGUCAACUUUUACUUCGAACAGAUAUUUCAAUUGGUGAUCUUGUUAAUCUUAUCCUUUCGGCUCUUGAUAAAACAAAUCAUCAAUUGGGCGCCUAUAUGUGGCGUUUGAUUUCUUCAACGGCUGAACAUAAUGAAUUACUUUUUCGAAAAAUGAAAUAUAUAUCUAACGGUGGUUUAAUUGAUAUGACAUAUGAUAGUAUAGCUUAUAAAGGCCAAUCAGACUUUUAUCGUCGACCAUUUGUAGAAACAUUUGGGUUUGGUGUUUAUUAUACAGUAUCACAGCUAAUGAGUCGUUUGGGAGCUUUACGUGAAAGUGAUUUUGAUCUUCAUAUUCAACAACAUGAGAAAAAUGAGAAAUUUAAUCUUCUAUCAUUUGGUGUAAGUGCCUCAGGACUUGAAGCUUAUGUUAGUGAUGAUGGAAAAGCAAGUGAUACAGGAGAUGAAAAUCUUCAAGCAGAAUUAAGAAUUUCACUUUUAAACAUGCAAUUACGACCUGUUGUAUUGUUCAAUGGAGUUACAGGAUUAAUGUCUGCUGUUUGGAGUGCACCAUCAGAACUUACAUCAGCAUUUAAAAGUAAUGUAAUGGUUCAUGAUUUAUCUCGUUAUAUUCAUCUUCACAAUGGUUUUGUUGUUCAUUAUGAAGCUCAAAGUGCGGCUUCACUGGACUUAUCUGGCAUGGCCUCGAUCAGUUUAUGGAAUAAAAAUUCGCAUUCAGUUAUUCGCAUCAGCUCGGGCCUAAGUGUUCAUAGUCAUGUUGAUAUUUUAAACGAUUUCGUCAUAACUGGUAUUAAUGUAACGAUCAAUACUAAUGCUGUGGUGGAUUAUACAACGGAUGUUGAUUAUUCCGAGGCACCGAUUAGUGUUUGCAUGCAAAUGAGUGUACAUCCAACGAAAGUUUAUGAUCACGUGGAAAAUUUCUAUUCAUUGAAACGAACAAAAGCUUUGCGAUGGUCUGCAAAUCGUACACGUCAUGUACUUGGUCAAGAUUAUAAAUUUACGCCGAAAAAUGAUGCCAUGUGUCGACAAAUUCAUUUGAUUAAAUAA